GGUCACGCACGUUUUCCACAGCAUGUGCAUGUGAAGUUUGCCACAAGCAGCGAUGCAUGUGGAGAUGGGGGAGAUAUCAGAAAAAGAGCCGGUGCGUCCAAAGAUCACCGACGCAAAAGGUAUCCUUCAGCAGAACCGUGACUUCCUAGAUUUCUUCUGGGACAUUGCUAAACCUGAGCAGGAUACACGACUGAGGGCUGUCGAAAACCUCGUUAAGUAUCUGAAAAGUAGUGAGAAGUCGGAUGAGUUGGAGUACACCCUUAAGAGGCUGGUGGCUGGCCUAGCACACACCAGAGAGGCUUCACGACCUGGCUUCAGCUUGGCCCUUGGACAGGUCCUGAGUGUAUUUGAGGAGAUCCCCCUGCAGACUGUACUAGAUGACAUAAAAGAGAAACACAAUUUACAGAAAGUGAAAAAGAAACUAAUGAGAAAUGCCUUGUUUGGGAACUACUUUGGUGUCCUCGCCUUGUCUCAGUCCAGUCGCCUGUCUAAGGAACCACAGGUGGUGUUGGGGUGUAUCCAGCUCCUUCAGAGCCUCUCGGAGCGCAGGGAGCAUCUUAAGGACCUGCCCAGUAAGACCAUGGCGGACAUCCUCUCUGAGACCCCAGCGGAGGUGUUUGAGGAGGUGUUGAUAGGAACCCUGCAGAGUGACCUCUCGUCGGCCUUCAAAACCCCAGAACAGCUGCAGCUCCUCCUGGUGGCCAUGCAGCGUUUUCCCCAGUCUCUCAAACCCAAGAAACUUAAGAAGCUGCUGGGCACCGCCACCGUCAUCACUGCCGAGAGUGUCCCAAAGUUGACAGAUGUGCUAAAGAUGGCAGCCCACUCUGUAAAAAAGGAAUGCCUCCUCCCACCAGUAGCUCUGGACCUGCUAAAACAGUCUCUGCAAGAGGACAGCUUCCAGCUCUUCUGGACAAAAGCCAUCGUUGAUGGCAUGUUUACGGAGCACCCAGGACCAACGCAUUACCUUGGGUACCGUCUGCUGGGUAGAUCCCUGCCCUUGCUGACGUUGGACCAGUUGAAGGAGGCGCUGUCUAGUGAGGUUAUGAAGCACUAUGGGGAGCAUCUGGUCUCUGCUCAGAAACCAGGCCGCUUCAGAUUUGCACCAGAGAUGGACACAUACGUAUCAGACUUCCUCCAAAGCUGUGAGGACCCUGACAAGCAGCUGGCCGUGGUGUUGGGCUUCUCCAAGGUCACCAAUAAUGGCUACCCUGUGGUGCCCUCGGUGUGGAAAGUGGUGCGAUACCUGCAGCCUGUGGUGUUGCAGCAAUAUGUGGACUGGCUGAAGAACAUGUUCCUGCGGCCCCAGCUGGAGAACUGCAUGGAUUUCAGCUCACGUAGACAGAAAGCCAAACAGGAAGAAAAGGCACAGGAGGAAAACUACGUCUUCCGUCUUAGGAAGUGGAUCAUUGCCAGGCUCACCUCCAUCGUGGAGAAUCAACAGGUCAAGAAAGAUGAGCGUCUUGUCAAAGAUGUGGCCAGAUUUGUGUUUUUUCAUGCGUUCUUCAAAACCAAGAAGGUCACAUCAGACAUACCAGAGACCGAGGGUAAACUCUCUGUACCCCUGGACAACCAAACUAGAGUCAUCAUCAUCAACUCCUUCUUUGGGCUCCUCCAGCACGUGCACUACAUGCCAGUGCUUGAUGACAAGGCUGAGGUGGCUGCUCACAAUCAGAGGCGCACUUUGGGGAUAAUGACCGAUGGCACUAUGUGGAUCCACUGGCUGGUGCAGUACGCCCAAGCACUCCUCACCCAGCCAAAAAAUGUUCUGAGUGCUCAGCCUUUCAACCCUGAGCAGAAACAGGCCUGGGACAGCAUGCUCGAGUCAGUGGCCAGUCUUACGAAGAAAGCCAAGAAAGACCCCACCCCAGAAAUCAACGCAUUUCAACAGUUAUUCCUAUUGGUCGGGAUGCAAUUAUUCAAGGCCCCUGAGGAAGUGUUGGACAUAAUGAAGGAUCUCCAGAAUUGCAUAGAGAAAGCCGAAGAGAAGAAAUCCAAGAGUAAAAAGAAGAAAACGGUCAAAGAAGAAGAAGAGGAGCCCCACUGGGUAGAGGUGGUGGUUGACAUCCUGCUGUCCUUGCUGUCCCAGCCCAGCCGUCACAUCAGACAAGUCUGCAAAACUGUCUUCUCCUCCAUCUGUCCCCAUGUCACGGCAACAGCCCUCACUGCCAUCCUGGAUGUUUUAGACCCGAACAAGGAUGAGGAGGAAAGUGCUGUGGUGGUUACGGAUGACGACUAUGACAAAGCGGAGGAGGAACAGGAUGUGGAGAUGGAGGAGGGGGAGUCUGAUGGAUCAGACUCUGACUCUGAGCAGGAGGAUGAUGAUGAAGAAAUGGAGGAGGAUACAGAAGUUGAUCAGAACUUCCGUGUAGAGCUGAUGAAGGUUCUCCAGAAGCAGAAUGCUCUGGCCAUAGAGGAUGAUGGCAGUGAUGCUGAAGAUCUGGACGAUGAAACCAUGAUGAAGCUAGACAACAGCCUUUCGAUUCUUUUUGCAGAGCAAAAGAAAAAGACCCAGGCUAAGAAAGAUGAAAAGGCCAAACUGCUUAAAGAGAAGGUUUUGGUCCGAGAGUACAAGAUCAAGGUGUUGGAUCUUGUUGAGGUUUUUGUGGCCAAGCAGGCAGGAAGCCCUCUGAUACUGGGCUUGGUUGAGCCCCUCCUGACCAUCAUCGAGAAGGCCAUGAGUUCUGAGAGUGGUCAACAGGAGCAGGAUUUUCUCCGCAAGGCUGCAGACAUAUUCAGGAACCAACUAUGCAGGUCCAAGGUAUAUUGUAGGACAGCUGGCGAUAGGCAGGAAGAGCUCCAUGACCUUGUGGAAAAACUAAUGACUAAGGCUCAAAGACAGGCUGACUCAUCACUCUCACUCUACUUCUUCAGUGCAUCUCUGUACCUUGUCAAGGUACUUAGAGGAAGUGUUCCUGCAGCUGAACCUAAAGAGGAAAAGGCACAAGAUACACCUGCCCCAGAAGACUUGCGGUUCAUGGGGAAAGUGGACGUGGAGCGUGUCGCAGCCAUUUUCAGAGAGGCCAUGUGCUCUUUUAUGAACAAGAGGAACAGCCCUCUGACAGGACAGAUGUUCAAUGACUUAUUCACCAGGUUCCCUGUUCUUUGUGUCAACCUUGUGGACAUGGCUGUGCAAUACAUCACAACUGGGGUCAGAGAUCACCAACAGAGCCAGGCCUGCGUGCUAGUGCUGCGGGCACUACAGAGCAGAGAGGUGCAGCAGUUGUUGGCAGGUGCCCCAUGGGCAGAUCUCUGUCAGAAGACGGUGAACCAGUUGGCAGCAACUCUGAAUAAGCUUGGCAGUUGUGAAAGUAAGGCAGUCCAGGAAAAGGUGAUCAAAGUCUUGGAGCUCUGUCAAUUCCUCACCAAGCACAUUCACCAGCAAAAGUUGUCGUUGGACCUUGAAUCACUCAGGAUUGCACUGCAGUCCCUGACUGAAGUUUUCACGUUCAGAAAGACCGGACAGCUUGAGGACACAUACUGGACUGUCAUGAAACACUUCGGAGUCAUUAAGCCCAAAGUUGAAAAGAUUAAGAGUGUCGGCAAAGAGGAGGAGCAGCAAAAUAUCGCCAAAAAGGUGAAAGGCUUUCUACCAGAAACAAAAAAGAGGAAGAAUCGGAAGAAGAAGAAGGUUAUUCUAGAGGGAGCAGCAGAUGUCUACACCACUUCCAAUACAGACACCAAUACAAACAAACCAGAGGGAGAAAAAGGACUGGCCAAGAAAAAAAAGGACAAGAAGAAAAUGAAAAGAAAACGGUCAGAGGAAGGAGGGAACCCUUCACAACCCAGUCUGGCCAAGAAGACCAGGACUACAUCUGAGACCAUGCCAGCCAAGAAGAAGAAGAAAAAGAAACCGAAGAAACAGGGGGGAGGGAAUGAGUAAAUGGGACAUUGGUUUAAUGUGUGGCUGGCCAGAUGACUUAACAACUCUGGUAACAAGUGGACUGUUUUUAAGUUUCCUUCAAAGAGUUUUUUUUUUAUCAGUUGCUCGUGUUACACCUGCUCUAUACAGCUGGUCACUUCCUCUUUGCAGAGCCGAGCUAGCUCUUGUAACUCCUACCAUUUUUCAGUGAUUAUAAAUCUUCAGAGUGCCAAAAGCAUCAAAUCCGAAAUAUGUCAAUUUGUGAAAUCCAGCUUGUCUUGUUAAUGGCCAGCAGGGCGGUGGCAAUUUGAGCUGUCUCUAAAGUAAUGAAAUCUACUUUCAUCUUCAUAUAUCUUAUAAUUCAGUUAUCCUCUUUCAGUGUUGUAUUCUGUAAAUUGUGUUUUAUUCUGUACACAUAACAUCCAUUGCACAUCUGUCCGUCUUGGGAGAGAGAUCCCUCCUCUGUUGCUGUCCCUGAGGUUUCUUCCUAUUUUUUUCUCCGUUAAAGAGGUUUUUUAGGGAGUUGUUUCUUAUCUGAUGCGAGGGUAAGGGCCGGAUGUUGUAUUGCUGUAAAGCCCCCCUGAGGCAAAUUUGUAGUUUAUGAUAUUGGGCAAAUAAAAUUGAUUAAAAUCAAAUAAAAUUGACUUGACUUUAACUGAAGGUGCACUAAUGAAAUCCAUUGUAUUUAAUUUAUCCAGCGCAGAACUUGUAAGAAUCAAACAUGGCACAGUUUUGUUUGCUUACCUUGCUCGAGUGCUGCUCUGUAUCACUGUACUCAGUGCUGCCAUUAGUGGCUGGGGUUAUAAUGCAACAGCAAUAGGAGGUCAA